GCCUAGGUGUGCCCAGCUGCAAGUACAGCAGGCUGUAUUUCACGCCAAAACGCAGGUGAAGGAAUGUCGCCACCGUAAAAAAGGUCAAUGUGUCGACUAAAGGACCUCUACAGGGUUGUUGUCAACGUAGGUCCCUGACGUCUUCAGUCUGCUGCCAGUCUGUUUAGUUAGUUAACCCAUCUCUUCCUGGAUCAGACCACCAUCAACCUCCUGCAUCACACCCAGACACCCUCCUCAGACACCUGGCCAAUCGCUGGUUCUGAACAGUGUUACCAUGGACACCGAGUCCACCCACUCUGGGUACUCCAACAGAUCCAACAGACAUGGGGAGCAGAGUCGGCGUGAACGGCGUAAGCUCAGCAGUAAGGACAGCAGCCGGUCGGAGAGGUCUGUGAUCAUCAACACCCCCUACGGGCCCACUCAAGCCUCCCCCAACCACAACAGCGAGCCCCUGCUAGAAGUCCCUACCUCCGUGGCUGGAGACGAGGCUCCAAGCCUCCAGGAUGAUAACUGGGGGGAAACCACCACGGCGGUGACUGGCACCUCAGAGCUCAGCCUAUCCCAGGAGGAGGUGGUUGGUCUGGGGAAGGGGUUGGAGGACGGCCUGAGGCAGGGCUGUCGGCGCUACGCUCCCCUAGCUCUGGGCCUCUGUGUGGGGCUACUGGUCCUGGCCACCCCCCUGGCCUUCCUGGUCCUCCCGGCGGUGCUGUGGCCGGCCAGGCUGCAGGCCUGUGGCUCAGCCUGCGAGGGCCUCUUCCUCUCUGUGUCCUGUAAACUCCUCAUCCUCCUGCUAGCUGUGUGGGCUAUCUUCCUGCGCCAGGCCCAUGCUAGCCUGCCCAGGGUGUGCGUGUACCGAGCGCUCCUGGCCAUACUCACACUGCUGCUCACACUCUCCUACUGGCUGUUCUACGGGGUCCGCAUCCUCGACUCACAGGUGUGUAUGUUUCAUAAUCAUGUGUGCGUACGUGUGUCUGUCUAUCCGUAUAUGUACGUGUGUGUGCAUGCAACUUGCAAGCACGUGUGUGUGUGUGUGUUAACCCUGUGUUUCCAGGAUGAGGACUACCAGGGUAUCGUCCAGUUUGCUGUGUCUCUGGUGGACUCUCUGCUGUUUGUCCACUACCUGGCCAUCGUACUGCUGGAGCUCAGACAGCUCCAGUCCUGCUACAGCCUGUGUGUUAUACGCUCCACUGACGGAGAGACACGCUACUACAACCUGGGACAGCUCAGUAUUCAGAGGGCAGCUUUGUCUCUGCUGGAGUUCUACUACAGGGACUUCCCUCUCCAUAACCCUGCCCUUCUUUCCGCCUCCAAGCACCGUGCCGCCAAGCACCUGGCCGGCCUCAAGGUCUACACCGUGGACGGCCCAGGGAACCUGGCGGGGCCAGCUGGGGGGUCGGGGGGAUCGCAGGUGGGGGGUCAUUCGCGGGCCAUGAUCUCUGCAGCAGCCAGGCGCAGAGACGCCACUCACAACGAACUAUACUACGAGGAGGCCGACCACGACCGACGGGUCCGCAAACGCAGAGCCAGGCUGGUGGUGGCUGUGGAGGAGGCCUUCAUGCAUGUGAGGCGGAUGCAGCAGGAGGAGCAGAAAGCGUCCCCCGGGGAUGUGAUGGACGUACGGGAGGCGGCCCUGGCCAUCUUCCCCUCCAUGGCCCGCGCCCUGCAGAAAUACCUCCGAACCACCAGGAGGCAGCACUGCCACAGUAUGGACAGCAUCCAGAGACACCUGGCCUUCUGCCUCACACACAACAUGAGCCCCAAGGCAUUCCUGGAGGCCUACCUGUCCCCUGGUCCUACGCUGCAGUACGGUCGAGAGCGCUGGAUGGCCGGUCAGUGGACUCUUGUCAGCGAGGCUGCGGUCACUAGCGGUCUAAAGGAGGACACUGUCUUCUCACUGAGGUGUCUAGACUUCAGCCUAGCGGUAACGGUUAAGUCCAUCCCCUACAUUCAAAUGACCGAGGAGUAUGUCGAUCCUAAGUCACACAAGUUUACCCUGAGUCUCCAAUCUGAAACAUCAGUCUAACAGACACAUGUAGAACGACUGUGGGAAUUCUAGACGUACCAUUUUGGUUUCUUUUUUGUGUUCAGUUUCUUAAACCCUCUUUUACUUUGAUAUGUUCUUGUUGUGGUAUUUUGCAUCUCUCUUCAAUUAUUUAUAUUACUGGUUUAUAAAGAUUAUUUUGGCUACUUUUGGAUUUGUUAUUUUACAUAAUUGAUAUGAACAGAUGCAAAUGGGAUAUUGUAACAAGAUGAAGUGUUAGCUGUGCAUAGUUAAUAAACAGUAUGGACCCCCAGCCAUAUGGCUCUUUUGGAGUGAAGAUGACCGAUGGAGAGAGUUGGGAAAUAUGCUCUGAUUUCUAUUGUCCUGAGGCGCACUAGAACAUUGAAUUAUGUCAGGGGUUUUUCUAUACACUGUAGAUGACCCCUCCCGCAUUUUUGUUCUCCCUCUGUGUGUUUGCACGUGUCUGUGUGUUUGCAUGUGUCUGUGUGCGCGUGUGUGGGGGGGGGGUGUUUUCAUAUUGUCUGCCCUGCUAAUAUGAAUGAAAUACUACCUAAUAAUCACCAAAACAGUUCAGGUUCAGUUUUAUCAAACUAAAAACGGCUUUUCUUUACCGUCAAUGGAUUGUACGUGUGUUUGUAUAUAUAAUGUAUUGUGUUUUUAUUUAAACAUGUGUCUAUUUUAUUUGAUUGAUACUUUUCUACCUUGUCUGGCUGUCCAGGUAUGGAAUAGGUUCUGUUAUUGUACUCCCCAGGAUUCCUAGACAUAUCUGUAAGAGGUUGUCAGAAUCGGUUGGGCAGAGAGAGAGAGAGAAAGAGAGAGAGAGAGAGAGAGAGAGAG